AUGGCGAAGGUAUUCAUUGCCAAGCAUACCUCCCCAGAAAGCUGCUGGGUCGUACUUCACGGCAAUGUCUACGACGUGACUGAGUUCCUCCCCGAGCACCCCGGCGGGUCCAAGAUCAUCCUCCAGCUCGCCGGCCGCGAUGCCACAGCUGAGUACGACCCGAUCCACCCGCCGGGGAUCCUUGAGGAGAACCUGAAGCCCGAAGCGAAGCUGGGGAUAGUAGACCCAGAAAGCCUCAAAAAGCUCCAGGGGCAGAGCGCCCAGGGUCGGGCCCAACAAGACGAGCCAAAAGCCCCGCCUCCUCCCCUCCACACGCUCCUCAACCUCGACGAGAUUGAAGCCGCCGCGAAGACGCAAAUCUCCAAGAAAUGCUGGGCCUACUACUUCUCGGCCGCCGACGACCUGCACUCCAAAGCCCUCAACAACCUGGCCUACCGCAACAUUCUCCUCCGCCCGCGCGUCUUCGUCGACGUCACCAAAGCCUCGACCGCCACCACGCUCCUGGGCCACCUGGUCUCGACGCCACUGUAUGUCUCCCCCGCCGCCAUGGCCCGCCUGGCGCACCCGGACGGCGAGGCGGGCAUCGCGCGCGGCAUCGCCCGCUUCGGCGCCAUGCAGAUCGUGUCGCACAACGCGUCCAUGACACCCGAGCAGAUCGUCGCCGACGCCGCGCCGGGCCAGCUCUUUGGCUGGCAGCUGUACGUGCAGACCAACCGCGCCAAGAGCGAGGCCAUGCUGGCGCGCAUCGCCAAGCUCAAAGACCGGUACCGGUACGUCGUGCUAACGCUCGAUGCGCCCGUGCCCAGCAAGCGCGAGCACGAUGAGCGCGUUGGCAUCGAAGCGCAGCUGGUGGUGGAGUCGGCGAGACCUCCCGAGGAGGAAGAGGAUAAGAAGGAGAAGAAGCCGGAUGCGAACUCGGGCGUGGGCAAGCAGCUGUUCUUUGGCACCGCGGCGGACUUGACGUGGGAGACGACGCUGCCGUGGCUGGCCAAGCAUACGGAUCUGCCGAUUGUGCUCAAGGGCAUCCAGACGCACGAGGACGCGUACCUGGCCGCGCGGUAUGCGCGCCAGCAUCCGGGCUCGGUCCGGGGUAUUAUCCUCUCGAAUCACGGUGGCAGGUCGCUGGAUACCGCGCCGCCGGCGGUGCAUACCCUGCUGGAGAUCAGGAAGUACUGCCCAGAGGUGUUUGACACCAUUGAGGUGUGGGUGGACGGCGGCAUCAGGCGCGGGACGGACGUGGUGAAGGCGCUCUGCUUGGGUGCCAAGGCGGUGGGCGUGGGGAGGGCGGCGCUCUGGGGGCUGGGCGCCGGCGGGUGGAAGGGCGUUGAUCGGACGUUUGAGAUCUUGCAAGGCGAGAUCGAGACGUGUAUGAAGAUGCUGGGUGCCAAGGACCUGUCGGAGCUGGGACCGCGCUUUAUCAAUACCCGCAUGGUGGAGCGGGAUAUAUUCGACGGGGAUGCCGGGCUGGACCGGUCCGGGCUAUGGACCUCGGCCCGCGCCAAGCUAUGA